CCCCAGCCCAGCUGGGGCCCAGGCUUUGUGUCAGGUACCGCCUAAGCCGCAGGGGACUCGGGUAGAAGAACAGUCUGGGAUUUCUUUCGCUGUGUGGGGCCCAGAAUCUCAGGAAGCCAGGACAUGGGAGAGCUCCAGCCAUGGCCAUGGGGCUCUUUCGCGUGUGUCUGGUGGUAGUGACGGCCAUCAUCAACCACCCGCUGCUGUUCCCGCGGGAGAACGCCACGGUCCCCGAGAACGAGGAGGAGAUCAUCCGCAAGAUGCAGGCGCACCAGGAGAAGCUGCAGCUGGAGCAGCUGCGCCUGGAGGAGGAGGUGGCUCGGCUGGCGGCCGAGAAGGAGGCACUGGAGCAGGUGGCGGAGGAGGGCAGGCAGCAGAACGAGACACGCGUGGCCUGGGACCUCUGGAGCACCCUCUGCAUGAUCCUCUUCCUGAUGAUCGAGGUGUGGCGGCAGGACCACCAGGAGGGGCCCUCACCUGAGUGCCUGGGCGGUGAGGAGGAUGAGCUGCCUGGGCUGGGAGGCGCCGCCUUGCAGGGCCUCACCCUGGCCAACAAGGCCACGCUUGGCCACUUUUAUGAGCGCUGCAUCCGGGGGGCCACGGCCGAUGCAGCCCGUACCCGGGAGUUCCUGGAAGGCUUCGUGGAUGACUUGCUGGAAGCCCUGAGGAGCCUCUGCAACCGGGACACCGACAUGGAGGUGGAGGACUUCAUUGGCGUGGACAGCAUGUACGAGAACUGGCAGGUGGACAGGCCGCUGCUGUGCCACCUUUUCGUGCCCUUCACACCCCCCGAACCCUACCGCUUCCACCCAGAGCUCUGGUGCUCCGGCCGCUCAGUGCCCCUGGAUCGCCAGGGCUACGGCCAGAUCAAGGUGGUCCGCGCCGAUGGGGACACACUGAGCUGCAUCUGCGGCAAGACCAAGCUCGGGGAAGACAUGCUGUGUCUCCUGCACGGCAGGAACAGCAUGGCGCCUCCUUGCAGCAACAUGGAGAACCUGCUGUGUGCCACAGAUUCCCUGUACCUGGACAAGAUGCAGGUCAUGAAGUGGUUCCAGACGGCCCUCACCAGAGCCUGGCACGGCAUUGCCCACAAGUAUGAGUUCGACCUGGCCUUUGGCCAGCUGGACAGCCCGGGCUCCCUGAAGAUCAAGUUCCGUUCAGGGAAGUUCAUGCCCUUCAACCUGAUUCCUGUGAUCCAGUGUGAUGACUCGGACCUGUACUUUGUCUCCCACCUUCCCAGGGAGCCCUCUGAGGGCACCCCAACCUCCAGCACAGACUGGCUCCUGUCCUUUGCUGUCUACGAGCGACACUUCCUCAGGACGACACUAAAGGCGCUGCCCGAGGGCGCCUGCCACCUCAGCUGCCUGCAGAUAGCCUCCUUCCUGCUCUCCAAGCAGAGCCGCCUGACCGGCCCCAGCGGGCUCAGCAGCUACCACCUGAAGACGGCCCUACUGCACCUCCUACUCCUCCGGCAGGCUGCUGACUGGAAGGCGGGGCAGCUGGAUGCUCGUCUGCACGAGUUGCUGUGCUUCCUGGAGAAGAGCUUGCUCGAGAAGAAGCUCCACCACUUCUUCAUUGGCAACCGCAAGGUGCCUGAGGCCAUGGGACUCCCAGAGGCCGUGCUCAGAGCCGAGCCCCUCAACCUCUUCCGGCCCUUCGUCCUGCAGCGAAGCCUUUACCGUAAGACACUGGACUCCUUCUAUGAGAUGCUCAAGAAUGCCCCAGCGCUCAUUAGCGAGUAUUCCCUACAUGUCCCCUCAGACCGCCAGCCUACCCCAAAAAGCUGACAUCUUGUAGAGCAUGUGGGAUCCUCGAGCUAGGAUGAGGGCAUCCCUCACAUUCACACCCCUGGUGGCAUCUGCCAGCCCUGUUCUGGGGACAAGGAGGGCUUUCGUGGGAGCUGUGCUCAGCCUGCCAGGAAGCCAAGCCCUACAGUGCAGAGGAAACAGAAUUUCAACGGGAGGCUGGUUUGCUUCAUACCAUUGGGAUCUGUUGGCAAAGCUGUUAUUUGGGUUUAGGGACUGAUCCCUUGCAGUUUACUUCUGGAUCACCAUGAAUGGCCAAGAUGGUGGCAGAACACGCUGUGGACCCUGAGUUAGAGACAAUGCAACUGUUGGAUUGGGUGUAAUUCUUUUUGAAUCCCAGAUCCAGUCUGUACUUGAAUAUGAGCAGAGGAUCUACAAGAAUGCUGACAGGCAACCGUGUUAAGACCCAGCACCCCUAUUCCCAGGAGCUCCUGGCCUGACCAUCUGCAGCCAAAGCACUAACAGGGACAGAUGUGGGAAUGUCCAACUUUGCUCCACAUCCUGCACAAUAGUGGUCCCACCAUGGCUGCCAUUUUUUUAUACUAUUUGGAGAAAAGACCUUGUAUAAAUUCGACGCCUGAGUGACUAACAUCUCUGUCACACGGAAAUGGGUACUUGGUGGCAUACAGAAACACAGUUAGCCACUUUUUCAACUACACUUCUCACUCAGGUGCACCUACACUUCUCACUCAGGUGCACCCCCUUCUGCUGUCCUUUCCCCAAUGUACUGGGUCCCGAGCGUGGUGGGUGUCAUUUGCCACACUGGGUGCCAGCUCAGCGGCCCCCCACAUCCCUUCAUUCUCUCCAAAGCUGGUCUUUCUGACUAUCAUUGUGGUAGGGGGAGGACAGAUGCUAAAGGUGGAAGCUGACCUGGAGAAAGAGACACACAGGGUGACUGUGGCAAAGGACAGCGGGAAAAGAAACUCUAUCACUUCUUCACUGGCAACCGCAAGGUGCCUGAGGCCAUGGCACUCCCAGAGGCUGUGCGCAGGGCCAAGCCUCUCAACCUCUUCUGGCCCUGCGUCCUGCAGCAAAGUCUCUACUGUAAGACAGUAGACUCCUUCGAUGAGGUGCUCAAAAAUGCUACCCGGGGUGGUGGGGUCUGGCUUGCAGUCUGGCCCAGUUCAGAGAAAGUUGCAGAGAUCAGGGGCCAAGGAUGUCUUAGCCCCAGGUUGUCCUCAGGGUCCCAGUCCUAGGGCAGGGUGUGCAUGGAAGCAAGAACUAUGGAAACCUAGCUCCAAUCUGCAGGCUCUGAGCCCCUAGUUCCUCACUCCAGCGGGGCUCCCUCACUGCACAGAACCCACCCCUUCUGUGUGGGCACUGCUGACCACACAGAUGACCCAGACCCAAAGAGCCUGGCAGAAGCUCUGUAGUUGGAGCUGGGCUCUGUUUCCAGGUCUGGUUCAGGGGGAUCAGGAAGCCUCUUUUCCACCUGUGGCUUCACUGGCCCUUUGAGAUUUCCUAUCUCAUCAUCACUUCAGUUACCCUUGCAGGGGGCCAGGGAGUCAAGAAUAUACCUGUGUUCUCCCUCCAGGGUUUAAGCCGGCCAUACCUUCCAGAGAGCAUAACCAACUCGACAGGGGUGCCCAGUUCCCCCACAAACUGAAGGAAGGAGAUCCUUCCCCCAUCCCCAGGGGUGCUGUCAACCAGCCUCAGAAAGCUUGAGAAGAUGGACCCUUUGCCAACCAGGGUUAAUUCCUGGUGGGGCAGCUCGGCUGUGAUCAGGGCACCCAAACCUAUAGGAAGCCUUCCAGUGUGAGCUGGAAUUAGACUGAACAUGUGCUUGGGCCUGCCUCUCCCUAGACCCAGCUGUGGGGCACUCCAGGGAAUGAACCAGCUCAAGUGUGUUCCUAACAGCAGCCUGGAGCUACCCCCAACCCCUCACAGCCCGACCCUCCUCAUUCCGUCAGAUGCAUUUGUAGAAUCGGGGCAAAUUUCCUUAUUUAUUUAUGGCCCAUGCCUUUCCCCCUCUUCAUCCUGAUCCCGUUUUGCUUUGAAGAGACCCCAGUAACCAAAAAACAGCCUCCAGAAGCCAAAACCAUGCCUGGAUCUCCCAUAGCUUCUCCUUUGCUUCCAGGAGAAAGUUCACUGAAAAAAAAAUAUCUUCUGGCUUCUUGUGUGUACAGAGACAACAGAACUCGGUGGGGAAACGGGAAUCUUUUCUGCACCAAAGCUGCUUCUAAAGCAGAAAGCAGUGGGGCUCUUGGUGUUUCAUGCUGCCUUAUUUAUAUUAAAGGAAGAAUUAAAUCUUGCAAGGAGUA